AUGACAACAUCAGCCAAUCCAGAAGUGCAUCAAUGCUUCUAUGUUGAUCGCGUUCGGGAAGCAAAGUACUGCAAAAUAACAUGCAACCUGACCUUCUCUAAUGUCGAAUUUGGACUACAUCAUAUGGUACGCAUAUUACAAUUUAAGCAAUUUCAUGAACACUGAAGAAUGCUGUAUAAAGCGGACUUAAAAUUUCUAAGGAUCUGCAAGAUAUACUCAACAGUCGGUGUUACUAAAAGUUAAUAUAUGUGUAUGCAGAAGCUAGGUUAACAAGAUUAAGCCAAGUUUCUAUGGUGGGGCAUGCUCGCCUACAUUGAAAGGAAAUACGCUAUGCCUAAAAUGUGUCCAAGUCAUGUGGAACUUGCACAGAAGGAAAGCUGUUUUGAUGCCAUCUGACAUAAGAUUUACUCAGGGAUAUCUAAUUGCAUUUCGUAAAGCUGCUCGGCCCAUCAGAGCCUCGGUAGGAGAGACGCCAUCAGGCAACGCCGAGUUCGGCGUUAUCCAGUAGGAAAAUAGGAACGCCUGGACUAUCUCGUACGUGAUGCCCUCCCCACGAGCAUUAAAGAGGGUUCCACAAAAAUUUUGACAAAACAGUCCGUCUGGUAGUUUGAGUUAUGAUAGUAGGACAGGAAGCAAUAUUCCGAAAUUUAUUCUGGCAACAUAAGUCUUCAAACAUCGACGAAGUAAUCCGAGAGCCAAUAUCUGAAACCAAGACUUCUUGUAAGCCAUGCUGGCUAAAGAUGCUUCGUAGAAAGGCCAUGGUGGCAGGUGUGGUCGCUACAUUCGGCUGAGCAAUUUGAGGCCACAUAGGGUAGGCGUUCACCAAGAUUAGGUAGGCGAAUCCGUUAAGUGAACCAGCGAAGUCGAUAGGCACGUGUGCCUACGGCUUCUCCGGUGGUUGGUAGGGUAUUGGCGACUGACGAGGCUGCAUAUUUGCAGCCUGCUAAGAUCGAGGCCAGUGUGCAACCUGGUGGCCGAUGUUGCCGUAGAAACCUGACCAGCAAUGCUCGGAGGAAGAAGAGCGGGCGAAUAUCGCUAGCGAAAGCAGUGGUCGACCAGCAGGUCUGCCCGUAUGUGAUGGCCUGACGGAGGUCAGGAUCCUGUUCAAUCGCGCUGAUGUCAGAUGUCCGCGGUUGUGGCAGAGAUGCCCUGUAUGGCAUCUGUGAGGCGACGGCGCACACCGUCCUCAAUCUAAAUAGCGGCAAUCACAAUGUCUUCCUCAGGUUCCUGCAAAUUGCAGAUGAGGCGAGAAAGGGUGUCAGCAAGACCAAAGUCGGUAGUAGGGCAAUAGAGGAUGUCGAAUCCUGUAACUAAGAAGAAUGGUUACACAUCGCUAAGGUCGGCCGACUGAACAGACGAGAAUGUCCUUCUACGAACUAAAGAUUAACGGCGAUGGUUUGUGAUCCGCCAACAACAAGAAAUGGCGACCGUACAACAGUUUGUGGAACUUCUCUGCGGCAAACACGAGGGCUAGAUUCUCUCUGUCUAUUUUCUCGUAUUUCUUCUCCGCAGGGGUUAGCGUUCAAGAUGCAUACAUGCUCGACGUUCAGACCUAUCAUAAAAAGUAUGUAAAAUGACGAUCACAACUCGAUGGUUGGAAUCCUUUGCAGCAACAUCUAUUGGCAGCGUCAGGUCAUUGUGCUUGGGCAGCAGAUCUGACCUAAGGCGACUUAGGGACGACCUCGAUCUGCAAAUACGCACCAGUGGGAUCCAACUUGACAAAGCGAGUGGCCUCAAUCAGCAGGGUAAAAUGAUUAGCCGGAAACGGCAGUGCAUAACAGUUCAGCAUCAGCGCGUCAUUUGGGCAGGUGUAUUAGUCAGCACAAAUGCGGAUUGAGUCAUUGGACUCCUUAACCACAAUGAUUACAGCGGCCCAAUCAGAGUAGGAUACAGGAACUAGAACUCACAGUUCCUUCGGACGAUUCCGCUAAGCUUCGACAAGUGGUAGCGCUGCAUCUGCUUCAAGACGGCGUACUCGUCGGCCAUUGCAGUUGGCAACUGCCAUACGAUGUACGUAACCAGGCUUUUUAAUAUUAAAGAUAUCAAAAUAAGCGUAUAGUCAUUUGUCCUGUUUGUAUAGCAGCCGACUUUCAGGACGGAUAACAAGGAUGCACAGUUUCAGGAAAUGAGAUAAUUGCUUCCUUUGAAACCAUUACCCUCGUUAAUCGAUUCCAGUAAAUGUGCCAAUACAAUGCACAAACGAACACCUCCAGUCUGUGCGAGCUGUAGGCCGGAAGGACCGAGUGCAUGAAACGCUGUACGCAGUUUUCGGCCCAUCAGAGCCUCGGUAGGAGAGACGGCAUUAGGCAACGCUAGGUUCGGUGUUGUCCUGUAGGAUAACAGGAACGCCUGGACUUUUUUGUCCGUAAUCCCCUCCCCAAGAGCUUUCAGGUGGGCUCACCCAAAAAUGUUGAAAAAACGAUCCGUCUGACCGUUUAAAUAAUGAAAGUAGGACAGGAAGCGAAAAUGCCGAAUGUUAUGCCGGCGGCAAAAAUCUUCAAAUAUCGCCGGAGUAAACAGAGAGCCAAGAUCUGUCCGCGGAAGUGACAGAGAUACACUGUAUGGCAUCUGAGAGGAGACUGCGCACAUAGUCCUCAAUCGAAUUAGUCGCAAUCACAAUGUCUUUCUCAGGUUCCUGCUAAUUGCAGAUGAGGCGAGAAAGGGCGUCAGCCUGACCAAAGUCGGGAAAACGGCAAAAGAGACUGUCGAAACUGUGACUAGGAAGAAUGGUUAUUUAUCGCUGAAUUCGUCUGGCUUAAAAGACAGGAAUGUCCUUCUUCGAACCUAAGAUUGACGGCGGUGGUUUGUGAUCUUCCAAGUACACGAAUUCGCGACCGCACAACAGCUUAUGGAACUUCAUGGCGGCCAAAACGAGGGCUAAAUUAUCGUUGUCUAUUUGCCCAUAUUUCUUCUCCGCAGGGGUUAGCAUUUAACAUUUAUACGUGAUCGACGUUCAGACCUAUCAGAAAAAGUAUGUUAGAUGACGAACACAACUCCAUGCUUGGAGGAAUUUGCAGCAACAACUAUUGGCAGCAGAUCUGAACUUAGCAUCGAAUUUAGCUGGGCGAAGGCAUUUUCGUAUUCGGACCACCGGCAACAAGGAGCAUCCUUCUGCAACAGACGGUUAAGUGGGGUCCGUACUUUAUUCAACGAUUGCAGAAGGACCUUUAGUAGCUAAUCCGAACACGAAACGAACGAAGGUGCGAUACAUUCUUCAACGCAGGCAUCGUUGCUUGGCCCGAAGGUUUUCAGGAUCUGGAUGACAACCGGGGACAACAGAAAACGAAUCCGAGAUGGUCUCUGGAGUCGUGGAAGAAUUCGAACUUGUCGGCACGCAGGCCUGAAACCAUAUUCAUUGACGCGUUUGAGUACUGCACACACUCGGUCUUUCAGCUUGCCAGAGGAGCGACCCAGGAUCCUGAUGUCGUUCGGGUACCCAGCUGUGCCAGGGAUGUGGGCGGGCAUUGCGUUAAUCGUUUGCUGGAGCUGUGCCGGUGGGCUCUUGACACCAAUAGGCAGCCUUGUAUAUUGGAACAGACCGCGGGGAAUGUUAAUGGUCAACAAUUCGCGCGACUCUGGGACGACCUCGAUCUGCUGGUACCCAUAAGCGAUAUCCAGCUUGUCAAGGCGAGUGGCCACAUUCAUCAGGGUGAAAAUAUCAGCUUGAAACGGCAGUGCAUAAUAGUUCAGCAUCAGCGUGUCAUUAAGCCGGUGUAGAAGAAAGCACGAAUGCGGAUUCAGACAUUGGAUUCCCCAACCACAAUGGUUACAGCGGGCCAAUCAGAGUAGGAUGCAGGAACUAGAACUCUCAGUUCCUUCAGAUGAUUCAGUUAAGUCUCGACAAGUGGUAGAGCUGCAUGAGCCUCAAGACGGUAUACUCGUCAGUCAUUGCAGUUGGCAACUGCCAUGCGAUGUACCUACCAAGGCUUUCAACUAGCAACGAUACCAAAAGUAGCGUAUAGGCACUUGUCCUGUUUGUAUAGCAGUGAGCGAUUUCUGCAUGAUAAUGAGCAAUUAUCUUUUUGACUGUAUCCAAUUAUUCUAUCUGUACAAGAGGUCACUUUCAACUCAUAUAUGAUAACUUAAAAAAUGUUUUUUUUCUCUUUUUACUUCAUGCUUUUGUUUAAAUAUUAUAAGCUUUAAAUGAAUAUAAUGUGUUCUGCAUUUUGAGCUCUCUAUAAAAUUUAAUUGAAUGCUUUAGUUUAACGUGAAAACGCAACCAAGCAUGACUACAUGCGUUCACUUGGAUGCUUUUAUAAAAUUAUGCGGUGUUUUAUAUUCGUCAAACGAAUAUUUUAUUCCCUGUUCCAUUAAAGUCACACGAGAGUCUCCUUCGCGUGUAUAUGCCCAAGGACUCGAUCUACGUUUACUUGCAGAACGUUGUCGCAGUAACUGAAAUUCAUUAUGUUUACGGCUCCGGACAAGCUCGGGGAACUGUGCGAUCUACGGGACUACAAUUCACCAGCUUGAAUGAUGUCCAGACCUUGCAGCAAACAAUGGAAGCACUGCAUAUAAUGAACAUGUGGAGACAAUCUGCCUUGUCCAUGCUUGAAAACCUUGCGACGCAGGCCUUUUUAAAUACUCCAGCAGUAUCGUGCAUUCUAUGA